AUGGUUAAAGUUACAGUUUGUGGAGCUGCUGGUGGCAUUGGUCAACCAUUGUCGUUACUUUUGAAAUUGAACCCAAAGAUUGAUGAAUUGGCAUUGUUCGACGUGGUCAACGUUCCAGGUGUCGGAGCUGAUUUAUCCCAUAUCUGCUCCAAUUCCACCACUUCUUCGCACUUGCCCUCGGCUAAGGAGGACAAGACCGCUCUUGCAGACUCAUUGAAGAACUCAGACUUGGUGAUCAUCCCUGCUGGUGUGCCAAGAAAGCCUGGUAUGACCAGAGACGAUUUGUUCAACAUCAAUGCUUCUAUCGUUCAAGGAUUGGCCCAAGGAAUUGCUGAGACUUGUCCUGAUGCGUUUGUGUUGAUCAUUUCCAACCCUGUUAACUCAACAGUGCCAAUUGUCGCCGAGACCUUAAAGAAGAACAAUGUGUUCAACCCAAAGAAAUUGUUCGGUGUUACCACGUUGGACAUUGUCAGAGCCAACACAUUUAUUUCCCAGCUCUUCCCCAAGGAGUCUAAGCCUACCGAUUUCAACAUCAAUGUGAUUGGUGGUCACUCUGGAGAGACAAUUGUGCCAUUGUACUCGCUUGGUAACUCAAAGAAAUACUUGGACAAGUUGUCUGAGGAACAACAAAAGGAAUUGAUCCACAGAGUUCAAUUCGGUGGUGAUGAGGUCGUCCAAGCCAAGAAUGGUGCUGGUUCCGCCACUUUGUCGAUGGCUUAUGCCGGUUACAAGUUGGCCGAGUCUAUCUUGAAGGCCCUUGACACCCCAAAUGUCGUCGAGUGCACUUUUUUGAACUUGGACUCGUCCAUCAAAGGUGCUAGUGAGGCCAAGAAAUUGGUCGGUAACUUGGACUUCUUCUCCUUGCCAGUCAAGUUGGGUAAGUCCGGUAUUGAAGAAGUGCAAUACGAAAUCUUGGACAAGAUCAGCGACAACGAAAAGAAGUUGUUGGAGGUUGCCGUUGAUCAAUUGUCUAAGAACAUCGAAAAGGGUGUGUCGUUUGUCAAGAAGUAG